AUGACUGCUCAACAUCCUUCGCACAAUGGCCAUCAACAAUGGGUUGCUGAUACUGGUGCUAACACUCAUAUUACCAAUGAAUUGAGAUAUUUAUCCCUUGCUAGAGAGUAUCAUGGUUCCGACAAUGUUGGCGGUGUGCUUGGUGGAACAGGAUUUGGCGACGAGGAAGAUGCCUUUCUGGGGCUAGAGUAG